GCAAUUUCGUGGGAUGCUUUAGAAAAGUGGUUCGAUAGUGACAAAAAUCUCGGCAAACUUUUCAAAUAGUGAGUGAAUUUGUGCAGACAAAUCGAAACAUGUCUGAACUACCGCCUUUAAAGGAAUUUCCGCGCAAAGGGCGUCGCGGAAGGAGAGCCUCGGCGGCCGCUGUUUUAAAUCACACUUCCUCAACGGAUCCUUGGUCACCCGAUACUGUGCGCAAUCUGAGGAUUGAUGGGACAUCCGGGAGGAGAUUCUCCAUUGCGAAGAUCCCUGAGCUGCCGCAUGAAGAGCACAAGAGCAGCCUCGAGGAGCUUCACUUGCUGCCUGAGAAGAAGAUGGACUACAGCCUCUACCCAGCAAUGCCGACUGAGGAGGAUGAGGAGGAGGUGCCGAAGAAGCCGAAGAAGAGCAGCUUUUCCGAGGGCGGUGAAGGCCCAAAACUCGGAAAGCGAAUGAGUUUGGUGGCCGCUCUAAUGAGCAGCACCUUUAGCAAUAAAGAUACCAAAAAUAGCCCAAUGGUGGCCCCCAUUCGCAGUCACACGGAUACUCCCUGCAGUCAUCUCGUGAGCAUCCACGAGGAAGAUGAUGAGGAGCAGAAUCACCCGGAACCGCCGUCAGCUUCAGAGAUCUGGCAGCACAUGCGACAAUACAUCCCGUGGAUUUUGGCUGUGACGAGUGUCCUCCAGAUUUGGCUCUUCAUUAUGGACAGAGAUGAAUUUUUCCGCCUCCUAGUUUUCUCUCCGCAGCGCAUUGAGGAAAUCUGGAGGCUCUUCUCCUACGCACUCCUUCAUCAGAAUGCAGUCCAUCUGGGACUCAACGUGGUGAUUCAGAUUUUCCUGGGAAUUCCUUUGGAGUAUGAACAAGGCCACUGGAGAGUCUUCCUCGUGUACUUUGGCGGAGCCAUUGCGGGUGCUCUUGGGACGUCCGUCUUCGAGCCAAACAUCCUGCUUAUCGGCGCAUCGGCGGGAAUUUACAGUGUCCUCAUGAGCCACAUUCCGCACACCGUUAUAAACUUCAAGAGCCUGUCCUACAGAGUGUAUCGUAUCAUCUCUGUGAUUAUUCUCUGCACCAGUGAUAUCAUCUACACCCUCAUACACGUGGCUUACGGCGAUCUGCCCAAGAUUGGCAUUUCUGCCCAUUUUCUGGGCGCAAUUUCCGGUCUCGUCCUCGGCACAGCUCUCUUCCGGUCAGCCACUGAUAGAGGACACAACUUCAAACGACUCAGAUACGCCGCCGGUGCCUGUUAUCUCAUCUGGAUAGUCAGCAGUUUCAUCGAUAGUCUCGUGAUGUCGCACGCGAGUCGCGUGUGAUUACAAAGAAGCCGACGCAAUCCAUUGAAAUACUGAGAGAUAUUUUGACUGCCAUCGCAGCAGAUUUAUUACAAUUCUAAGUUUAUGUUUAAGGAAAAUAAUCUGAAGUCUUACAAUAAAAUUAUGUACUGUUAGAAGAAGAGUUAUAGUUCCGAUACCACGAAUUUUCUCCUGCAUUCAACAAUCUUCAGAUCCCGCUCUUGAGGAGGAGUGGUUUGUAAAAAAAAUUUGAUCAUAAUUUUUAAUCCGCGACACAAAAUGAAUUAAUGUUUCAUACAUUUUCUUUUUUUUCAUCAAUUCUUUUCAAUUGAAGUUUAUCUGUCGCGGAUUAGGCUUGUUUUUGAAGUUUUCUUAUCGGGCGUACAGCUUAUAGUGUGCAGACGACAUACAAGCUUAAUUGCUCAUGUCGGGAAAUCCUAUC